AUGGCAUUAAAAUCUGAGUACUACAAUUAUUCAAUUUUGGUUAGAAAUGAUUGCUCCAAUACAACAAUUUAUCCCUAGCAGCAAUUAUACGAAUUCUAUUAUGACAUUGCUUUAACCUUCUAAGUAUUGACGAAAUUAGAAUGGACUUAAAGCUUACAAGAUCAGUGUCCACAAAUUAUUUACGAAUUUUUUAGACUUGAUGGUGUUCCUAUAAAUAAAUUUGUAAAUUUCGAAUUCAAUAACUUAACAAAUGUCCUUUCUUUCAAAAUUAACACAGAGAUAAUCCCUUUCGAAACUAAAAGCUUGAUAAUAAAAGGAUAUGUAGAUGAUAUUUUUGCUGAAUCAUUGUUGACUAUUCAUUUAACUGAUAAAUGCAAAGAAGUUACUUUUAAUAAACCUAAAAUAGGCGAGCAGUACAUAUAUGAGCUAGGAUCACCUCAGAUAGAAGUGUUACAUACUAAUUGGACUUUUUUUGAUGAACUCAAGUUUUGUGGAUCAGUCUUUUAUUCUAUAAUUGAUCAAGAUGAAUAAAAUUUCGACCCAGAAGUAAUAACUUUAGACUUAAUUAAUGAAAAGAUACUUAUUUCAACAUCUAAUGAAACCAAAGUUGGAAUGUAUUACAUCAGUAUAAAAGGCUAGUUAAAGCCAUCAGGGUUCAGCAAAUCAUAUGAUUUUCUCAAUUUCACAAUUUUAAUUAAACUUCCUACAGCAUACUCAGUUGGAGUUAGCUGUGACUAUGCUAAAUUGAAAUAAAUUCCAUAAAUUCCACCUAUGAAUUAUGAAGUCGGAAAAAGUGGAUAGAUAAAAAGUUUUAAUUUUGCCAAAUGGUCGACCAAUGAAACGAAAUGCCAAUUUUAGUCUUAUUAAGCUUUUUAUAAUGGAAAUUUAUUGCCAAUACCCUCUAUUAUAUCUUUCUCUGAGUCAUCUAGAAUGUUUAGUUUUAUUACUCAGGAAAUUGAAGAAAAUUAAUCAUCUGGAAAUUAUGAAUUAACUAUAUGUUCAAAUAACUUCUUCAAACUAGGGAAAGUUGGAAAUAUAAUAGUUAUUGGGAAAUGA